AUGCUAGACACAAAGACUCCCCUUUGGGGCAAACUCUAUUCUCAGAAGUGUCGUGACCUCGGUAUCAUACCUACAGAUAACCUCUAUGAAAGAUUUAUCGUUGCUGUUGCCCCACAAAUACAAGAUGGCAUUCUUGCCUUGGCAGACCAGGGUCUUAAAGCCUCAUCGAUUCCCAUUGUUUGCGAGCUUCUCACCCACUUCUACGGCGUAAUCCACACACUGGAUCUUAGUAUGAAUCCAAUUUUAGACGAGGGAGCAGCUCUGCUCCUUGAAGCGGGAUCUUCGUUCACUGACCUAAAAACUGUAAAGCUACGGUCAGUUGGACUUUCUCCCACUGGAUUUGAUUACUUUUUUACCAUGUUGCGCAAGCAUCGAUGCCUUAUAGAGAACAUUGAUCUAUCUAGCACAAGUUCGGCAGAACGGCGAAACAGGCCUGGAGAAAUAGGAGCCCAUGCACUAGCGGCGUUUGUCUCUGCAAAUUCCACUAUAAAGUCCUUAGUCUUCACGAAUACACAGCUCCGUGGUAAUUCAGGUGCGACCCUCUUCAAGGCAAUAUCCCACCCAUCCUCCCUAACCCACCUGCAUCUGCAGAACACAGACAUAUCUAAUAAGGCGGUUGAACACAUAUUCACUCGAGAAGCAUCCACCGGUGCUAACAUGCUUUCAGAGCUGGUCUAUGUCGAUCUUUCCGGGAAUUCCUCUACACUGACUGGCGACUGUUGUCAAGCUAUUGAAAUAGGCAUUAAGCGUCUCAAACAUCUACAUACUCUAAUACUUAGCAAGAACACCACCCUAGCACGCUCCUUGGUACUACCCUUUUCUGCACUACGCCACAAGUCUGCCGAUUUGGCAGCAGCUGCAGAGGCAUAUAAUAAACGCAUGCAGGAGCGCACUCGCUGGCGGCACGAGACAUUCAAGGGUCUUUGCCCUGGUAUGAAGAACUUCAUUGAGACAGGCAAGGUGAUUAGGGAGAGAGUUAAUAUCACUGAUCCAACACCAGAGAUACCGCACAACGAACUGGAUCCAUCUGCUGACACGUCUGCUACUGUAAAGCAAGGUGAUCACCUUCCUCUUGCAACUGGGACCCAUGACUCUGCACCUGCUCAGACCACAGAUGAACCAAGCGAUGGAGAAAAAGAUACAGUGCUGUAUUUUGGAGACACGUGCUCCUUACGUGCUCUCGACGUCUCGGACAUUCCUUUGUCACCCGAGGCAAUCGGGCAAUUGGCUUUGGCCCUUCAAAAGAAUGAAACCCUUGAGUCUAUUAAUUUAUCAUAUUGUGCUAUUGAUCUAAAUCAAACUGAAUUCACAACAGCUUUUGAGGCCCUAAUCGUUAACGUGAUGAGGCUUCCAGCUCUCAAGACUCUAUCAUUAACUGGGAACAACAUCGCUAAUCAAGGGGCCAUUUUCAUAGGCAACAACAUUGGCAAUUCUGAAUCAUUAGAGGCUCUUGAAGUCUCUCACUGCGGGAUUUUAGAUCAAGGAAUAUCUAGUAUCGCAAAGGCGAUACCAGCUUGUGCUGCUCUCAAGAUUCUUAACUUAAAGGGAAACAGUGGAACAGAUGUAUCGGCACGCAUUAUCUAUGCUUCUUUGUCUGCAUACCACAAAUUAACGGUCUUAAAUUUAGAGCUCAAUAGGAUUUCUUAUAGCUUAUAUGAAAGAAUAAACACACUAGUUCACAACAAUCAGGCUUUACACGUUGAGAACACAACAACUGAGCUCGAAGAUGCACUUCAGGAGCAGACCAAACAGCUUGCUAAGGUUAUGAAAAUUAAGGAUGGAAUUCAGCAGAAGCAUGACCUUUUAGCAGAAAAGUGCGUUGCCCUUAUAGACGAGAUAGACAAGUGCCACAGCGAACACUCAAACUGGACAACUAACAUUGACGAGCUUCAGAGUGUAUUAGACGAGGCACGGAAGGAUAACAAUAUUAAGGAAGGCAAACUGAACUCAGUAACUCAGCAAAUAUCACAAAUAACAUCAAAGGGUGAGGCAGAAAUCGCUACUAUUGAAUUGAAGAGGAAGCAAGCACGGGAUAAAGCCAGUGUUACGUUCAACAAAAUCACAGAGCUAGAAGCAGCAAUGCAAGCCAAGGAGAUCGAGUUUCAAGAAGAAGUAAUCAAGCCAAAGCAAGAACAGCUGGUUAGGUUGCGUAAUGAAUUGGAUCUCCAAUUAAAGAACCAAAUAAGAAUCCUUGGUAUUCUCUUGGCAACAGAACAGACACUUAUUGCUGAGAAGAAGAUCACCAUUGAAGCGCCUCAGCACCAAACAACGGAGCGCAAUUCCCAAUUAGUUCAGCGUCCUGCAAUUGGUCCCGGGCCGGCCCAACGCCCCGUGCCGCCCAAGCGUAAAUGA